AUUCUGUUCCUAAUAUAAAAAUUUCUUGGGCUGAACAUCAUUCAAUUGCUUCCAAAGCACGUAUGAACGUUGUUAAAAAAACUGAUGAAGAAAGGCCAGGCCAUAAAGUUGAUUUUAACGUCACGUGGCAAGAUUAUUGGAAAAAAGAAAAAUGGGAGGUAAUUGUGGGAGAAUUUUCUGGAAAACCUUUUGAGCCUCUUCUUGAUAAGUGUUAUAAGGAUAAAUGCAAGCUUUUCCGAUGCAUGAAAGAUAUCCUUGAUCUUCCAGUUCCAUAUCGAAAAAGUAAAGGUUUCCAAGACCAUAUUCAUAACCUGAUUGAAAAACUUUGGGCAUAUCUUCGAGAUGGAAUUGUGGAUGAAAUUCUUAAAACUAUCAAAAUACGCGAAUCAUCUACUACCAUACGCGGCUCAUCAUAUACUAGCAUACUUCAAAAUUCACGCGCAAUAACCAUUGUAUCUCCUAUAAAAUAUCAACAAUCGAAAUAA